ACAACACAACAUAACACAACAUAACGCAACACAACACAACACGGGCACACGUCGUCUCACAAGCACAGGCACCACAACUCACCACAAUACCUCUCCUGGAUCCCGUCUUAUCCAAUCCCCCUGGCACAUUCACAACUCGACCGCCCUGUCGCUUGACAUUGACAUGCACGCUGCUUGGCUGCAUCUCCGCUAAUCCAUCCCCAUCCCCAUCACCCCGUUCUGCCCUGGCCCGUUUCGGUACAUUCCAUGACCGUGACCUCGUUCUGCCACUGCGCACCGCACCGCCGCAUCUCAUCGACAUCCAGACCCGUCGAUACCUGACCGUCCACUCGCCUUGUCUUGCCUUACGGUCCACGGAAAACCACUUACCUGGCUUUUCAUUCCCCUCCUCAUCCGCUCUGAUCAGUUCUCAAACGAGAAGACAGACGAGGCCGUCGUCUUCGUCGUUAUUGUCGUCGUUGUCUAGACCCGCCUCGACAACUGGUCACUCUUAGUCCCAGCCAAACCACUGCAACUCUCCGUCGAUCAACUACUGACUCACCUGCCUGAACACCCGAAAUUCGACACAGGCCUUCGUUCCCGAUCGAUUCCCACGCCGUCCGUGGUAGUGCCCAUGAAGCUAUCGUCGGGCCUCAACUGAAACCUGCCGCUUAUCCCCCCCGGCCCUCUCUGUUCGCCCUCCCACUCGGCGCCGACUGCCAUUUGUUCUCGUCAUUUCCGAGGCGGCUGCGUUCAGCAUCGUCGUCUUUUCGUCCCCUCGCUCGAGACGGACUCUCUCGUCCCGUCUCUGCGAAACUCCACGCUGGAUUCCUCCACACUAUCCGCGGGGUCAUCGGCCCAGUUCCACGACGCAGCCGACACCAUGGAGCAAGACCAGCUUGCCGCCCCGCCUCACCCAGACGACACCCUUGGCGGUUUCGAUGUCUCUCCGCAGGUUGCUCAGAACAACGGUUAUGACUACUCGGAGAAGCAGCGCUCCCAACCCAGCCAGUCCCUCGACCAGGGCCUCCCACAAUCCCCGCGGUCCGAAGACCAACAAGCCGAUCGCUACAACACACCGCCUCUGCCUAUGAAUGCCCCUCCCAUCUCGAGGCCUGCCUCUGGUCUGUCCGGCGCUGGCGCGCAACAAAGCUACGCCGACCAUGCUUCGCGCAGCAGUGCCGGCGCAGAGGCUGCCGCCAGUAACGGUCGCAACCACGUCGUAAUCAAGGUCGGCAUGGUGGGGGAUGCGCAAAUCGGCAAGACGAGUUUGAUGGUCAAGUACGUCGAGGGCAGCUGGGACGAAGACUAUAUCCAGACACUGGGCGUCAACUUUAUGGAGAAGACCAUUUCGAUCCGGAAUACCGAGAUUACCUUUUCCAUCUGGGACUUGGGUGGCCAGCGCGAAUUUGUCAACAUGCUGCCCCUGGUCUGUAACGACGCUGUCGCCAUCCUCUUCAUGUUCGACCUAACGCGGAAGAGCACGCUUAACAGCAUCAAGGAGUGGUAUCGGCAGGGCAGGGGCUUCAACAAGACGGCCAUUCCCAUCCUCGUGGGCACCAAGUAUGACCAUUUCGUCAACUUCCCAAGGGAGGACCAAGAGGAAAUCUCGAACCAGGCCCGCCGGUUCGCAAAGGCAAUGCGCGCUGCGUUGAUCUUCUCCAGCACGAGCCAUAGUAUCAACGUGCAAAAGAUCUUCAAGAUUGUGCUGUCCAAAGCUUUCGACCUGAAGUGCACGAUUCCCGAAAUCGAAAACGUGGGAGAGCCGCUGUUGUUGUACCAGUCCUGCUGAGUACCACUCGUCGAUCUCGUACAAGUCAGACCGUCCUGGCUCUUGAAGCGAUGCUUUCGCAUCAACCAAAUCCAACUCGACUGUCGCCCACGCUCAAUGGAUCAUGACCCAUUACGUACUUACGACCUUCGAUAUCCAGCUGAUCUCAUCGGCCGAGCUACUGAAGUCCCCUCGUCCCGGCAUCGGUCGGCAGUAGCCACUGCGCAAGCCUCGAGUGUGAGACCAUCAGAUUGCACAGAGCACCACAUCUGCUCUACUUCCCGGGCUCAGUUCAAGCCCUCAAAACAAUUCGACUCGUUUCCUUUUCAUUUGUCACCAACAUGGCCUUGCGGGCCCCAUCGUAGCGCUUUCAUGUCACCAGUCUGGUCAUCGCGCACCGACCAAACCAUACACACACACACACACACACACACACACUACUCUCCCACUCUCUGAUUGCAAACGGCGUUGCACACCUCUUCAACUUUUUUUCUCAAGAUUGGUAGGGAACCGGCGGUUUGGUUGGAGGUGGGACAAGAUGCAUUUUAGGGCCAUGGGUCUGACGGGGCCUCCUUGACUUGCUCGAUCUCUCGAUUCCUUCUCACAGUGGGAGCGAGCCGGGGAAAGAGUAACGAGUGGAGCCUACCGUCUUGUUUCUAGGCGUAACGGCCGCUUCCAAACUGUUUCAGAGAGAGAUUUUGGGCAGCAAAACUUGCUUUUUCCAACCUCAUAUUCCUUUUUUCUGCUUGUUUUGUUUUUCUUGACACUACUAAAUCUACUAACCGCCACCCAGUUGUUGUUCAUCAUUCGUGGGUCUCUGUGAGAGAAGGAGAGGCGCCUGACACAAGAAAGAAAGAGACAAGAACUAUGUAACAAGUAAUCCACCCAUGCGCGUCUUUUAUUGUUGAGCCUUUCUAUUUUCUCUCUGCAUUUUAUUUCUCAUGCAUUACCAUUUCCCUCAGCAAGGGAAUAGAGACGGUGACCUGUUGAAGGCACGAAACGAUGGAGGCGGAGUAUGUAAUGAAUACUGUGGGAGCCUUCAUAACCAAGGCGGGCCAUGGAACGAAUUCCAGAUGCCGGUUGAGAGAAACAUUCCUGUAGCCUCUUUCGUGCUCUUGCAACAACGUUUGACUGACCUCAGCCACGAGGUAAUUCGUGACGGGCACUCUAGCAAACAUCCCAUGACGAAGUUGCUCAUUUGCUUCUCUACGUUUUCACU